UAGAAGCUGUUGGUAAACGCAAGGCAGGGCCAGCCCCGCCGCAGCCCCUGGGCAGAGCCCCGGCUACAGGAGUGGGAGAGUGGCCCCUGCCCUGCCCGUGGCGUUCGCACUGGGGCUUCAGCAGCAGGGAAGGAGAAGCAGCCCCAUGUAUGGGGGUGCUCAGCCCGCAGCCCACCGCCUUGCUGCUCCCUCCCUCCCCGUGCUGCAUGGACACAUGGACGGCAAGCAGCGCUCAGGCACCCCAGGCUCCCCGGCCUCUGGCAGGCACGACCCCGACGACCCGGACGCCGCCGCACAGACCCCGCCACUGCAGAGCUACUCGGUGCUGCAUGGGCUGGUGGGGCCGGCCUGCAUCUUCCUGCGCCAGAGCAUCGCCAUCACCCAGCUCGACCGAGAGCUGCGGCCGGAGGAGAUUGAAGAGCUGAAGGAAGCCUUCCGAGAAUUCGACAAGGACCGUGACGGGUACAUCAGCUACAAGGACCUGGGCGAGUGCAUGCGCACCAUGGGCUACAUGCCCACCGAGAUGGAACUCAUCGAGCUGUCGCAGCAGAUCACUGGGGGGAAGGUGGAUUUUGAUGACUUUGUGGAGCUGAUGGGCCCCAAGAUGCUGGCAGAGACGGCCGACAUGAUUGGGGUGAAGGAGCUACGGGACGCCUUCCGUGAGUUCGACACCAAUGGGGACGGGCGGAUCAGCACAGCCGAGCUGCGCGAGGCCAUGCGCAAGCUGUUGGGUCAGCAACUCAACUACCGCGAGGUGGACGAAAUCCUCAAGGACGUGGAUCUCAAUGGGGACGGCCUGGUGGAUUUCGAAGAGUUUGUGCGAAUGAUGUCACGCUGAGGCAACAAGUGCCAGUGCAGGGUGUGGGACAAGAGCCCUGCUGUGCCUUACGGAGAGGAGGGGGCUGCAGAGAGCUGGAUCCAGCGGCAACUUGGAGGGUCCGGACACCAGAGCAGCACAACGCGCAAGCACUGAGCAAGGACCUCACCUCUCCAGUGCCGGCCCUGCCACAAUGCACCCCGACCCCCCACGCCGGCCCCGCUGCUGAGCUCUGCCUGCACCCCAGCCUGCUCAUCCUGCAUCCCAACCCCACACUGGCCCCUGGUCCACUCUGCCCACACCCCCAGAUGGCUCCGCCCGCACCUCAGUCCAUGCCAUCCCUUGCUCCUGAGAUUGGCCUGCACCUCCAAGCCCUGGAGCAGGCCAGUGCCUGGAACACGGACUCAGCCAGGCAUAUACCUUCUAUCAAAGUGCUGCUCCCUGGCUCCAACAAUGCUGCCCCUCUCAUCUCAUCCCUGCUCCUGAUCCCACCCUUUACUCUGCCCCACCACCCUGACCUUGCCCCUGAUGCUGCCCCUAACACA